AAAAAUCAGAUUUCAGUCGCAUUUGAAACCACCUCCCGAUGUGGUUUGAAUCAGAUUCGUUAUGUAUAUAUAAUUUACAAAUAAUGUUUAUUUAGUUACAAUUAUCAGUCACUAUGCAACAGUACCUCUAGUAUUUCUUUCUUUGUGAGUAAAUAUAUUUCCUUGCAAAUCCUGUCAUUAUCAUUCCUGUGCGGUAGGCGGCAGUGUAGCGCCAGACAGCGCAUGCGCGUCCAGAUUGAGACGUAGAAGAAUGCUUGUUUAAAUGUGACUGGGAAAUAAAAUAACCAUAUACGUCAUGUAUUUGUUUAUUCAUGCGACUCAAUAAAAUCAUUAUCAGCGUUCAAAUGUGAUUAUAACUCGCUUAAACUGUGGUGAAAGGAGACGCCAAAGCUCCUUCUUGUUUCUGAUUGAAGUUUUAGUGACUUAUAUCAUGUUUAAGACUCUGUCACAUGCUGUCUUCGACUUUGAACUCAAAGUUCCUCAAAUAAACUUAUCUGAGAGCUUAAAAUAGUCAGAAAACUAGAAGAUUUGACCGUUAGAAGGCUGGUAGUACAUGCACCAUGCCAUCUAUGAAGAACACCAGUGUGAAAAGACCAAAACUAGACUGGAAGUUCCUUCAAAGGUUCUGCAGUGUUUUGAAAAUCCUUUUUCCAUCCUGGUCCAACAAGAGUGUGCGAAUGUUCAUGAUGCUCCUUGGAGUCACACUUUCAGUUCAGCUCGUCAUUUAUCAAGUGGGUCUGAUUCCCAGUCAGUUCUAUGAGGUUCUAUCUGAGGAGAACUAUGGGAAGUUCAAACAUCUGGUGGCGUUUGCUGUCCUGCUCAUCCUGAUCAAUUCAACGCUGAAGAGUCUGGAUCAGUACAUCUGCAGUCUGCUGUAUGUGGGCUGGAGGAAGUCUUUAACAAAAGAACUUCAUAACACAUACUUCCAGGAGCGCGUUUACUACACCCUCAACGUACUGCGCAAAGACAUCGACAACCCAGACCAGCGCAUCAGUCAGGAUGUAGAGAGGUUAUGUAAGCAGAUGAGCACAAUGGUCAGUCGACUUCUCAUCUCCCCGUUCACUGUGUCCUACUACACAUAUCAGUGCUUCAACAGUGCUGGCUGGAUUGGAGUUGUAAGCAUCUUCGGGUACUUUGUGGUUGGGACCUUCAUCAACAAGAUCUUAAUAGGACCCAUUGUGUCGCUACUUGUUGAGCAAGAAAAGCUGGAGGGAGAUUUCAGGUUUAAACACAUGCAGAUUCGAGUGAAUGCGGAAUCUGCUGCUUUCUACAGGGCAGGGAAGGUGGAACACAUGCGAACUGACCAAAGACUGAAAAAUCUCUUGCACACACAGAGAAACCUGAUGAACAAAGAGCUCUGGCUGUACAUUGGGGUAAAUACCUUUGACUAUCUGGGCAGCAUCCUCAGCUAUAUUGUCAUUGCGAUACCCAUUUUUGCUGGGGUGUACGAUGGCCUGACACCUGGAGAACUCAGUGCUCUGAAUGCUUUCGUCUGCAUCUAUCUGAUAAACUGCUUUACUCAGCUCAUAGACCUUUCAACCACAUUGUCUGAUGUCGCUGGAUACACACACAGAAUUGGAGAACUGAGGGAUGUGAUGGCUGACAUCACCAAGAAACAGUGUGAACAGGAACAGUAUGAUCCACUGUCAAAGGAAGCUGUUCACUUUGACAGUGAUCUGGAGAUUCACAGCAUCCCAGCAGACACUGCGUUUGUGCUGGAUCGUCUGUCCUAUAAAUCGCCUGUCUCAGAGGAGCUACUGGUGAAGGAUCUAACCCUAAAGAUCAGUCAGGGAAUGAACCUGCUCGUGGUGGGAAACACAGGAACUGGAAAGACCUCCCUACUGAGAGUUCUCAACUGCCUUUGGGAGCCAUGCAGUGGUUCUGUGGAGAUGACCACAUGUUUUGGGCCGAGGGGUGUAUUGUUCCUACCACAGAAACCCUAUCUGACUGAUGGCACGCUCAGAGAGCAGGUGAUCUAUCCAUUAAAGGACAUAUAUCCAGCCUCAGGGCCUAUAGAUGAUGAAAGAAUAUUAAAAUACCUGGAACUUGCUGGUUUGUCGAAUCUUCUCACCAGAACUGGAGGACUGGACACGAAAGUAGAUUGGAACUGGUACGAUGUUUUAUCACCAGGAGAAAUGCAAAGGCUUUGCUUUGCCAGACUGUUCUACCUACAACCCAAAUAUGCAGUGCUGGAUGAGGCCACCAGUGCUCUGACGGAGGAGGCAGAAGGGCAGCUCUAUAAUGCCUGUAAGCAGCUGGGAAUGACCCUCAUCAGCCUGGGUCACCGCAAUAGUCUGAAAAAGUAUCAUGAUGUCAUGCUGCGACUCUGUGGAGAUGGCCAAUGGGAACUUGAAAAACUCAAAGAGGCCUGAAUCUUCUAAACAGACCAUAAUGGUCUGUUUUGUGGUGCAUUGUUGGUGCUUUCAUGUCAUACAGCUCAAGUCUUUGGAGAAAUGUUUUAAUGUUUACGGAUGACAGCAUACUGCGAUUUACUGAUGUUAGUGAUGUCACUCUUGUCAUACUCUGGACAUAAUCUUCUUUUCUGAAGUGUAAACUUGCUGCUUCAUGCAACCUUAAUUGGUUGUUUCGUGCCAAAGGAAUAAAGGGAUUUUUGUUAUGAAGGACACAUAAGAACAUAAUUUCAAAUAACGUCAGACAUGGUGCCUUUAGAAUAUAUUUCAUGUAUCUUACAGUAUAAUCAAUCAUUUUUAUACACAUUAUAGAUAUUGGCCUUUUAAUGUGCAAGCAAAUGACAGUUUAAAUAGGCAGUUAAGUCCCAGAUGUUUUAGCUUACCAAAGAUGGAAGUAAAUGGCUUUUUAAGAAAAGCUCUAAAUGUACAGUUUUGGUCGACUAAUUUGUAGGGACUUCCGAUGAAUUAUUCUGAAGGGGAAAAUUCUGUCAAAAGAAUAGAACUACAGUAUUUGCAUGUGUAAUUUCCAUUCCUGACCAGGAGAGGGCCAACAUUUUCCAGCCUGAAUAACAAUUCAAAUUCAGGAAUAAUAUUUACUGUUAUAAAUGUAAUUCAAGCAAACGUCAGCAUAAUGAAAAUGAAGUUAGCCCACUUGCUUCAUACUAUAGAGAUAUAUCCACUUUUCCCAACAGUACAUGCAUAUAUAAAGAUAUUUGAGUCUUUAGCAGGUGGGGAAUGUCUUGAGAAAGAAGAUGAGGAAACAAAUUACAGAGCUACAUGCCUAAUAUAUCUCAUGCUAUAAUACUAUUAUAUCUUUAGCUCACAGCUCAAAUUAGAAAUAUUUCUCACCUUAUUUUUUUAGAAAACAUUUAAGGCUUCUGUUCUGGAUUCUCCGACAACAGAUUUGUAUCUUAAGGGUUUAAGAUAUGGCAAAUGUUUGGCUUAAAAUAAACAAGCAAGUAGCUCUUUAGUAGAUGUUUUUAUAAAAAGCAACGUAUCAUUCUUGGGGGGCUCAAACCAUCAGUAUUCCAGUUACCAGCCUUGAGCUACUGUGUACACCUCAUGGAUGAUGAUAGAACACAUAACCAUUUACAUAACCACAGAUGUAUGGUUGUUUUAAUAGUGUGACAUUUUUUUUUUGGAACAUUUUAGUUCUACCAAGGUAGCUCAAAACCAGGUCGGGCUGUGAAAGUGACACAUUUGCGACUGAAAGCUACAGAAAGCUGAGCACAAAAUUAUCCCAUCUACCAAAGAGUUUGGCUGAUCCCUCUGCUUGAGUUUCAGGCUGUUUUAAAUGUGAGCCUGGCCGAUCUGCUGCUGUCAAUCAACAGGCUGACUGGAACAGAUCACGGGAAAGACCCACUGAAAGGCCUUUCAGGAAAAUGUGAGACAAUCGCUAGAGAAAUAACCAAAACAUCACAACCCAAAAGUGUCAAAGUGAUCUCCAUUAAAAUGUUAUCUAUGACAUAUGAACUAUGACUUGCGUAACAUGUACAAGCAAGGCCGUCGCUAGUGGGGUGAAAGGUGGUAAUGGUUCUAGGGGCCCAAAGGUCCAGGGGGGCCCACAACAAAUUAAAAACUGUAUUUCUAAUAGGUAAAGGGCCCAGCGCAAUAUACAGUCAGGGGGCCCAGAAAUCUUUGCUACGGCCCUGUGUACAAAUUCAAAUCUGUUCCUGUAGGUCAACUGGUAGAGCAUGGCGCUAGCAAUGCCAAGGUCAUGGGUCAAUUCCCAGGGAACACACAAACUGAUUUUAAAAAAAAAAUGUAUACCUUGAAUGCACCGUAUGUUGUUUUGGAUAAAAACACUUGCCAAAAUACAUAAAUGUAAAUAAUUGUUAACAUUAGUUAAGUGUGAUAUAGUAGUUUAAAUAUUUACUCUGAUUUCGGUUUAAUUACAGUUCAUGAAAAUUUUGCCAAAUCAGUGUGAUUCAAUUUUAUUUCAUUGAUUAUUGUGGUAUAAUUUAUAAUUGUUUAAAAAAAAUAUGCUAAAAGACAAAUGUAAUUGCAUGGACAACUUACACCAUAUAGGAACACUGACAAAACAGCACACCAGGUAAAGCAAAGUUAUAAAAAGGAUUGCAAAAUCAUUUUAAAUGAAUUGUGGUUUUGUUAAUGCAUUUGGCAUUAUUUAAAGGGGGAUCCAUAGUGGUACCAAUUUAUAUUAGGUGUCUUUAACUACUAUGUACUAACAUUUAGGGCUGGGUAUCACCUGGCACCUCACGAUACAAUACGUAUUGCAAUACACAUGAUUCGAUAUAUUGCGAUACAUCACAAUAU